UUCGGUGGACCCGAAAGGCAUAUGAACGGGCUGCCCGUACCUUCCCACUGGCAGUCCUUGCGCCGCUCCGUGCGUGUGUGUCCGCCGUUGUCUAUAUCAUCACGGUUUUGACUUUUCGUUUUGCAUAUAUCGAUUUUGUGUGGAUCAGUGGUGCGCGAGUGGCGGAGCCGUGAAAAGUUGUGGCAGUGUAUUUUAGAAAGUUUGCUUUUUCUGCGGGCGCGACUUGAAACGGGACAUUUCGGUUUUGGAGUGUUUUCAGCCGAAGAAAUGCCAGAACUGAUGAAGAACGGCCACGCCUUGCACAAUGGCACGGCGUUGAAUGGUCAUCACGUCCGGUCCCGGUUCUCGGAGCAUCAGCAAACCAAUGGCACCAAGAACAUCUCGAAUGGCUUCAGCAAACACCAGCCCGAAUCGCUGCAGCAAACGAAACACGAUCAUGGUAUGGAGUAUCCGAAAUCGUCGUAUGAGCAGGUGCCACUCCACACCGCCUGUUUUACUUACCUGGGCUUUUAUCUGCUCAUGAUACUCGGUUACAUAAAUCAGUUGUUCUUCACCCCGAAGGUGGCAACCGAGAAGCACCGAGACGGUUACGUGCCACUGUACGAUGCGUUCGAAAAGUUCUAUCUUAGAUACGUCUAUCGACGGGUGAAAGACUGUUGGAACAGACCCAUCUGUAGUGUGCCGGGCUCGGAGGUGACCCUCAAGGACCGAAUUACUAAUGACUACGGGUGGUCGUUCGAGUUCACCGGCACCGAGACAAGAUGCUUAAACCUGGGAUCGUACAACUAUCUCGGCUUUGCCCAGAACGAGGGACCGUGUGCAGAUGAAGCGGAAGAAUCCAUCAAAGCCUACGGGUUGGCAGCUUGUAGCUCGCGGCGGGAAAUUGGAACUAACCCGCUGCACGUGGAGCUGGAACAACUGACGGCCAGAUUUCUCGGCGUGGAGGAUUCCAUUGUGUUCGGGAUGGGCUUCGCCACCAACUCGCUCAACAUUCCCACACUUAUCUCCCCUGGUUGCCUGGUGGUCAGUGACGAGAAGAAUCAUGCUUCGAUCAUUCUUGGCCUACGGCUGUCCGGAGCAGUCACAAAAGUGUUCAACCACAACAGUAUGAAGGACUUGGAACGUGUUCUACAGGAGUCAAUUGCCGCUGGUCAACCCAAAACGGGAAAACCGUGGAAAAAGAUCCUGAUCAUUGUCGAAGGUGUGUUCAGCAUGGAGGGAUCGAUCGUCAAACUGCCGGAAAUCGUAGCACUGAAGAAAAAGUACAAAGCAUACAUUUACCUGGACGAAGCACACAGCAUUGGAGCCACCGGUCCAUCGGGACGAGGUGUUCUCGAUUUCUAUGGCGUCGAUCCUAAUGAUAUUGAUAUUCUGAUGGGAACAUUCACCAAAAGUUUCGGAUCAGCUGGCGGCUACAUCGCUGGUAACAAAAAAUUGAUCAAUUUCCUACGGGUGCACAGUCACGCGCAUUGCUAUGCUAGUUCAAUGUCUCCUCCAGUCACGCAGCAGAUUCUCACAUCUAUGAAAACUAUCAUGGGAUUGGAUGGCACUAACGAGGGAAGUAAGCGCAUCGAUCAGCUAGCCAGAAAUACAAGAUAUUUCAGAAAACGACUCGCACAGAUCGGGGUCAUCACAUAUGGCCAUGAAGAUUCUCCAGUCGUUCCGAUGCUGGUGUAUCUUUUCUCUAAAAUUGGCGCGGUAGUACGUACGCUAACGUCGCGUAACAUUGCCGUCGUGGGUGUAGGAUUCCCAGCAACACCCAUCAUGGAAGGGCGGAUUCGCUUCUGCCUGUCGGCGGCACACACCAAAGAACAACUGGACUACGCCCUCUCGGUGAUCGACGAGAUCAGUGACACACUCGGACUCAAGUACUCGCGGAAACCGCGAGACACGCGAACAAUAGAGUACUAAAUUCUGUUAGGUUAAACGAGAAGAACGAAGUGAGGAAAAAGUCACACAAACACAAACGCGCAUGCAUCCAUAAACUUAAACUAAGAUAUGAAGCAAAAGUAUGCCUUAUUAUGGAUAGACGAAACUAAACAAAUCCACGUUUUAGCGUCGACUAUGUUGCCGCAUUUACUUGAGGGAAUCGCAUCCACUGUGUAUUAUUAUUAUUUAUGAAGUGUUUUUUUUAAUUGUGGUACUUUUUGUUAAAAGAUUUUUCUCGUUACAUUCAAUAACAUUUAUUGUAAGAUGCAUCAAAGUUGAAAUUAUAGAACGAUACAAAUUGCUACCAGCUUUGUAAUAAUAGAAACAAUAACUAUUUUCCAUGAUUUCCGAACAUAUCCAUUUUAGAAUUUCUCGAUAAAUGCUGAUUCCAUGACAGACAUGCCUAACACUUUAUUCAAGGCACAGUAUGACAAUCCGAAUAGGAGUUCAUUUGCAUUAUGUUGUAUUUGACUCGACUGCGAAAUAAAGCUUUUUGUGACUGA